UGAUUUAAAGUUUGUCUUAACUAGCAAUGAAACAACUAGUGGAGGAUAAUGCAACAACAGCUGAUAUAGAACUCACGGAGAAUGAUCAGCUUCCGUUGUUAGUCAAAAUUAUCAACCACAUCCUCACCCCAGGUUCCUCCUUGACACCAUUUAUGUGGAUUUCUUUUAACAUUUUAAUGGGUGCAUUGUUUUUGCUAUGGCUUUUUUUCGUCUUUUCAAUGCCAAAAUGUAUUCACUUAUGGGUGUUUGGAUUUCUGGGCUUAGGGUUGACACUUUCGACAAAUUGGUUUAUGAAGAUCAUAUUCAGUAGCGGUAUGAGUUUUUCAGCGCAACAGAUUAACGACAGUGAAAAGGUGAUCCAAGGUAAAAAGAGCAAUUAACAAUCACCGAGAGUGCAUUGACUUUGAGUUUGCGUCGCGCACGUUUUUUUUGUUUGUGUGCAAACAAUGCGGCGUGAUGCCCCUGUUCAUAGAACUCACCUCUUAGCUGU